GGCAAGUUGAUGACAUUUUUUUGCUUUCCUCUUUAGUUUUUCUAUAAUAUAUGCUGUAGGUUCCUAUAUUCUUAUCGUAAAACUUCUUUGUUAUGUGUAAUUUUUAUUUUUGAUAAUCUGAGCGAACUAAUUGUUGCCAAAUACUUGUCAAUCUCCCACCAGCGAUAGGUACCAGUUAAAUAAAGUGGUUGAGAACGAUGAUGUCUUGUCUCAGGUUCAAAUUCAAGCAGAGAUAAAAGUGAUAUUAUGAUGUCUCUUUUCUCGUGAUAAUGCGUAUGGGACACACUGAUGUACUAAGCUUGUUAUUAGCGGCCGGUGUGUGGUGUGCAACAUACAUGUUAGUUGCAGUUCUUGGCGCCUUUCGGAUUUUCAAUUUUCUCAGAACUUGUGUCUUCAGUUGAUCUCUUGAUUCUACCGACGCGUAGAAGGAACAGAAAAAGGGAGUGAUCAUGGGCUAUGCACAGUUGGUUAUUGGCCCUGCAGGCAGUGGAAAGUCCACUUACUGCUCUAGUUUGUAUCAACAUUGUGAGACCACUCGACGCACCAUCCAUAUUGUGAACCUAGAUCCUGCUGCAGAGAAUUUUGACUAUCCAGUGGCUAUGGACAUUCGAGAGCUCAUCUCGCUGGAUGAUGUUAUGGAAGAACUUGGUCUGGGACCAAAUGGUGGCCUUAUGUAUUGCAUGGAACAUCUUGAAGAAAAUUUAGAUGAUUGGCUAACAGAAGAGUUGGAAAACUACUUGGAUGAUGACUACCUAGUCUUUGACUGCCCAGGCCAGAUUGAACUUUUCUCACAUGUUCCUGUGCUGAAAAACUUCGUGGAACACCUAAGGCGUAAAAAUUUUAAUGUUUGUGUUGUAUAUUUACUUGAUUCUCAGUUUAUUACAGAUGUAACCAAAUUCAUAAGUGGUUGUAUGGCUUCACUCUCUGCUAUGGUUCAACUUGAACUACCCCAUGUUAACAUUCUAUCAAAGAUGGAUCUUGUGACAAACAAAAAGGAAGUUGAGAAUUACUUGAAUCCAGAGCCUCAGCUGUUACUGGCAGAAUUGAAUCAGCGAAUGGCUCCACAAUUUCAAAAGCUUAACAAAUCAUUGAUUGAAGUGGUGGACCAGUACAGUAUGGUGAGCUUUCUCCCUCUUGACUUGAGAAAAGAGAGCAGCAUACAGUACAUCUUAUCUCAGAUUGACAAUUGCAUCCAGUAUGGAGAGGACGCUGAUGUGAAGGUUAAAGAUUUUGACCAAGACGAGGAGGAUUAACCGCUAAUAUUUCUUGACUCGUUCGAAAAGUAACAUGCUCUAGGGACGCGGCAAUGCUGUGGCGGGUGGUGAAAAUUUAUUAACAAGUGUGUUUUGUGAGACUUGCCUUUUAUUAGGAGCUUCUGUGCUCAUUUAGGCCUUCAAAUUGUUGUUACAGGUACUUCAACUACCUUUUAUAUGAAUUCAUUAAUCAAAGUCACUCAGCUAGAUUCUGGGUUUAUUGAGCA